AUGGAAGGUCAAUCUCAGUUCGAAAGAGUAUCUCUCUCAAAUGAGCGGAACUUUAGCUGGGUUUUUUUGGUUGACUGGGUGCUCCUAUGUGUGGUUACGCUGACGGUGAUAUUCUACCUGGGAAGGCUUUUUGCCUAUGCAAUUACACUCGUGUUGGAAUGGUUCCUAUGGAAACAUUGGAAAGUCAAGAUUAGCGUGGAGUCACUGCGAAUAGCGCCUUUAAGUGGGAGCAUCUUGUUCAGAAAUUUAUGCAUUAUAGGCAAGGACCAGACCAUAUCGAUCCUGAAGGGAAGUUUACGAUGGAGAUACCGAUUGCUGGCUACUAGAAGAUCACAAUAUGAGGAGGCAUCUUCUCAGAAAGAUGGUCUUGGUGUAGGCGAGGAAGAUGUUAAUUCCAUGAAGAAUAUUACAUUGCCGUGUCGGUUUGUACUAUUUUGUGAGGGAUUCGAGAUAUUCAUCUAUAAUAGGACUGUGGCUUAUGAGAAUAUUAUACAGAUGUUUUCAAGGGAGGAAAGAGUCCAAUUUGAAAAGUUUAUGAGUAAACAAGAAAUGUCAGAGCUCUUUCACUGCCAUAGUGAAAGGAGCGACGAUAAAGGCUCGACAGAUAGUGUAUUAUCUUCAUCGGUCUCAGAUGUUCCAAAUAUCAAUGACAGAGUUUUUGAUGAGGUUCAUAAUCAGAAGAAAUCAAUCUUUAUGAGAUUUCUGCCGAUGGAAUUGCAACUGUCCCGAGGGUCCAUUGUUUUGGGGAAUAAGUUCACCCCAAGUCUUCUCAUUGCUAGCUGUACAAGUGGUCGGGGUGUGGUAGAUCUUUGCCAACCUAAGGAGAAGCUAGAUUUGUACAAGAUGCAUUUUCAGGUUGACUUCAUCGAUAUUGAUAUCUCGAUAAGGCAAAAUAUAGAAUACAACCGAAAAAAGGCGACUUUCAAAAAUGGCAAACUAUCAAGGAUGUGGGCAACUUUCGUCAAGGUUCUGCAUAUUCCUUUCUACAAUAAAUCACAUAAUAAUAAAGGAACGGAAUCGGAGCCUUUUAUGACUAAAUGGAAAGGUUUGGGACUAUAUAAGGGACUGACGUUCGAUCGAGACGGAGAGGAUUAUGAUGAAGUGCAUUUUGAUUUUGCGAAUCACGAGUAUGCAAAAGUCAGCAACAUUAUCAAGAGUCCGAGAACUGUUCUAACGUAUUCCUAUGAUAUACCAGGUGUAGUACCUCACGGUGCGCAUCCAACUUUGGAGGGCCCUGAAGUUGGUAACAAUGGUGCUCCUCCUGAAUUUGGAAUCGACUUGCAAUUCUAUGGAGUCACAAUCUGCUACGGGCCGUGGGCUCAAAGAGAGAUACAGCAUUUGCUGAGGAUGAUAUCUCCCACAGUGGCAAGAUCCUCAGUUCCGAUAAAGACACUGUCUCCCGGUUCGAGAAGGAUUUACACCGUGUUCAAGACCACGUUUAGAGUCCUCGACGGUUCUUCCUGGCGUAUUCCAACAAGAGAGAGAAGUAAAGAUCAAGAAUUUUUGAAAAAAUUCAAAGCUACCAGUGAGGAAUACAGACCUUUUGGUUGGCUCGAUCUAAAAUUUGCAAUGGAUUCCUAUGGUAGCGUAACCACAGUACUAUGUCCAAAGGAGGAAGGUUUUCCGAAUAAGAUGUAUAUUCAUUUUGCAGAAAUGGAGGCCACUUCCAGCGUUAAUCACGACGUUAUGCUGAAGUGUAAUUGUUUUGACGUUGCAGGCGACGUCGGCUAUCCUCUCGGGUGGAACAGUUCUGCCACUUGGACAAUCAAUCUCCACUCCACGCAGUUAGAGACCUUUCUAUUGAGAGAGCACGUUACAUUAGUGGCAGACAUUUUCACCGAUUUCUCAUCGGGUGAGCCUACUCCUUAUGAACUAUUCAGACCGUUCAUAUACCAAAUCAAUUGGAUCAUUGAUGGUUAUUCCAUAUAUCUGAAUGUUAAUGACCAUAACAUUGUCAAUAAUCCUCUCGACUUCAACGAAAAUUGUUACUUGUCUUUGCAUGGAGAAGAACUACUGAUAGAUGUGACAGCUCCAAAUGACUCAAUCACUGGCGCAUAUAUGGACGUUCCUUAUAAAAUAUCAACUCCGAUGUUUCGGCUGUUACUUAAUACACCUCCAUGGAAUACUCUAAACGAGUUCAUGAAAAACAAAGAAGUUGGAAGAUCAUACAGCUUUGCUGUCUGUGGCUUAUACACAGUUUAUUCCGAGCUUGACAUCGAUAAUGUCGAUACCUUGAGUGUGGAAUGUACCAGUACUGGUACUACGUUACACUGUUAUGGGUUUGUAAUGAGAUAUUUGAUGAAUGUCAAAAUGAAUUACUUUGGUGACUUUUUCCAUUUCAUCACCUCUGAGGAAUAUACAGGAGUGAUAAGAGCCAAGGAGAAGGAAAGUGUCGGUAAAACGGAGGAAGAGUCGCUCAGAGAUAACUCAACAAAUCUGAGUACGGACAGUGGGGGUUUAAGUGAUCCUUAUGUUCGCUUGAGAGCUGACCCCCCGGUUAGUCGUUCAGACGUGAAGAGAACUACCAAUGAAACAGAUAUAUGGUUCACAUUCUCAGUCUGGGAGGGAGCUUUAGUCUUACCCGAGACAAUUUACAAUUGCGAUCCUUGUGUCGCACUUCAUUUCGGGGAGCUUAUUGUUGAUCUCAGGAGUUGUAAUUAUUACAUGGAUUUACUCGCGACCAUGAGCAGCACAUCCAUAAAAAGGUAUGUUUCACGCCAAUCCCAUGAACUCUUUGAGUCGAUUCGUAGGGAUAAUGGGCGAACCGAGAAGGAGCACGGUUCUUUGGCAGCAUUGACCAUCCAUGGUCACAGGAUGUAUGGAUUACCGCCCAUCGAACCAACUUAUUUCUGCCAGUGGGGUAUCGACCUUGAUGGCCUGACGAUUAAUUCGGAUGCGGAAUUUGCUAAAGGUUUUUUUACACUCUUUGCUGGAAUAGGUUUUGGCUAUACCAAUCUCGAGAAUACAUUGCUUUACGAUGUUGAAACUCCAGAUGACAUGACAUCAGUAACUGUGAGAGUACGCGACAUGAACGUUGUGGUUGAGAAUGACAGCAGUCGCGCAGUUGUCGAUGUACCGAAUCUCACGUUCACAUCUAUUGAUUUCGAGAAUGAAAGAUAUUCCCAGCGCAUCGACCUAAAAGUACCAAGUCUAAGCAUUUUACUGCUUACGUCAGAAGACGACUCUGAACCCAUUCGUUUAAUGGAUUUGACCACGAAAGUAUAUUUGACCGACUUCAUUCAGAAAAGGGACUUCGCAAAGCACAGAAGCAAGCAACGGGACUACAUAACAUUGAAUGAUUCACCGUUCUAUAGAUGUUCCUUCCUCUUGCCAUGUUAUCUACAGGAAUCUCCUCUUUACAAGAGUUUGUUAGGAAGUAUAUCUCCAUCGUCAUCACUACCGCCCUUACCAAUGCCAUUGUUGGCUGAAACAAUCGAUUUUAUUAUUGAAGAUCUUUUAGGUGAAUUUGCAGCAGGGCUGAAAUGUGAUUAUGAUACUCAGAGGACUGUGGAUGAUCCGGAUAGUCCAUCAGAAUCUUUUGAUACUUCGCAAGAACACGAAGGUCCAGAUGAUGUACGGUACGACCGCUUUGCUCAAUUACCGAAGAUUUUAUCGCCCAAUCCUCUGGAACAAUACGACAAUGUGAUAAUUGAUGUUAAGUUUCUGGCUGUGGACCUUGACCCGUUGAUCUGCUCCUAUGUUGAUGGCCUUUUGGGUGAAUUUUGGAAGGUCAACACCGUGGACAUCAUUGAUGAGAUCGAGAUGUCCAUUGUAAAAAGGCUUGGGCAGUUGUGGAACAAUACCUGCGUUUUGAAUUUGAAACUAUACGUGGUGGACAUAAACUUUUUUUGGGGUGAUAAGAAUGCCAAAGUUGUCGAUUUGUAUUUCGAUAAACUCGAUUUUGACUUGGGUCAAAGAACGAGAGAUCUUGACGGGGAAACCAUUGUGAGUGAGAAGAUAACUUUGAGCAAACUUAGGUCAGUAAGAGCCACCGUCUUUGACAGAAGUAUUACAGAAGGUGUGGAAGAGAGGCCGCCUGCGCUCUCUUUGGCAGUUGAGGGGUGGGAAGCUUACUCAUGGAUGAGAGAGAAAAUUGUGGGCUCUGUUAGUUUACUUUCAACAGACAUUACAGUCGAUGAAUCCCAACUCGAAUGGUUGUCCGUUUACAUUGCUGAACAAAGAGAUCUUAUCAAAAACAUGCUAACGUCUUUUACAAAAUUGCAUGAGUACUGGCAGGGUACACGAAGAGAUUUACUCCGUGACAUCACCACUGCCAGUGAACACUAUCAAAUCAGCCAUGAGCCCUAUGUCAUCACGAAACCGGCUUUCAUUAUGAGGCUGUCCAAUGGACAUGUCCGGGAAAAUCCUAGUUGGAGGAUUAUAACACGUUUGAGGCAUAUCUUAACAUAUCUUCCCAAUGAAUGGCGCAAUAACUCCGCGAUUCAAGUCUCUCCAACGGUCGAUAGUACGGAUGCGUCAGUCGCUUCACAUUGGCGAAGGUGGGAAAUAUCAGAUAUCACUCGUUCUUAUAUAUACCGGACCAUCUUUUUGUCAGAUCAGAGCAAAACCCAGUGUCAAUCUCUGAAGAAGAUGCUCAAGGUAGAUUUUCAUUCAUUUUUCUUCACCAUAUACAGCGAAGGUUACAGGGUGGCGCAUAACUUUGUUAUAACUAGAGCUAAUAUUGUUGGGGAAGAAAUUCCAGCUGCUGAGCUCUCGAAAGUUCAACAAGCCUUGGAUUACGACAAUGUCAUGAAUUUAACAGUGAGCUUGGGUGCAAUUAAGGGUGAGCUGAAUGAUCAGCUUCUCAAAUUACGCAAUAUAUUUUCGAAAGCACAGACGCCUGCACUCAAACGAAGUAAGACAUCCAUCAACAUAUCCAAGUCAUACAAAGUUAAUGUCUUACUUGCCUUUGAUAGAAGUGAACUGCAGUUUGUCUUGGGCCAGACUAGGCUCACGAAUAGAAUCCUCAAUGGUAAAGCCGCUUUAUUACUCGAGAAGCUGAAAAAUUCGGCAGCACCGGCUUUAUCAUUUGUGUUCUUCGCCAAGAGGUCGGAAUCAUGGUUGAAACAUGCAGAUCUUGUUUUAGCCGAAGCAUUAUCACGCGAAUUGUCUUUGACAAUGACGGCGGAACUAUGGAGUUAUAUGCCCUCGCUAUCAAUUAAUAUCCAGUGUUCAAAUUCACAUAUUAGGGCAAUGACUAGCACUGAGUUGCUUGUCAACUCAAUAAAACAAAUCAUGGAGAGCAUUUCCGAACUUAAACGUCACUUUGCAAUGGAGAAGACUACCCCAAACGUACAGGGUACCUCCACAAACUUAUCAAUCCCUUUACAAAAUACAGCAUUGACGGUCAGCUUCUCAGAUGUCACAGCUGAAUUGAUGCCUUUGACUCCGUUCGUUGUGCGCCAUGAGAUGAAGCAGCUUGGACUAUAUCUGAAUAGAGUGCAAAGCAACGAAAUUUUGAUCAGUAUUUGGGACGCCAAUAUAAUUCUCAAGUCACACCAAACAACGGAACAAUAUUUCAACUUUGCCCUAGGAGAUCUGCAGGUGAAGUGUAAUUUACCAACAGAGUCCAGUGCUAUUUUGAAUGUUGGCUUGUCGACUUCCCUCAUGAAGUUGACUCUCUCUGAACCUCGAAGAAUUUUAUCAAGCUUUUUGCAGGAUGAAAAGCUAAUUGGAGAGAGCUUGGGAUACAUUAAAGGGUUGCUCCAACUUUUUUCCCCACUGGCUCGCAAUAAAACGCAGUCCAGUGCGCUCAGAUGGAGCCUUGACGCGAAUUUAAAUUACUUCGGUAUUCUUGUUCCAAUGGCAUCAACCUUCUUCGUCUUUGAAAUACACAUGCUAUUAGCGGCGAUGAAUAAUGCCAGUGACGGACAAGACGAGGGCGACCAUCAUGUCACAGGGCAGGUAUCGAUUGAAAACUGCCUUCUUUUGAUCAAAGAACCUUCGCUUCCCGCUGAUCUUUCUAAGUUGCUCGAUUUUUCAAUUAGAGUUAUGAGCUCCCAGAAAGUGCCUAAUUCUCCUCAAUCAUACCAAAUCGAAAGCUCUCACUUCAGAGUGUGCUUGUCUCCGGGGUCAUUGGUCCAAGUUCUGUGGGGAACGCAUCAAUUACAAUCACUACUAGAGUAUUUCAGGAAACACAGGAAGCAAGAUAAAGCUAUUUCACCAUUUUCCCUCUUCGAUGGCUCCGCAUCUGCUGAUCGGCAGAUUGACUUUCGUUCCAUUCAUAUCUUAUCCUAUAAUUUGUGCAUAGGUUGGAUGUUCCAGCUUGGUGAUGAUGUCAAAACCGGUCUAAUUAUUGGGUUUGAUCGAUUAUUUUCCGCAUACGAGAAGCAUUACGGAAAAUUGACUUUGAUAGAUGGCUACUUUUCGGUAGCCAACGGACAAUCAACUGAUACUUUCUAUUCGCAAGGAAGUGAGAAGCAGCGGUAUAACCGAAGUUUCUUAUCCAAUGUUCAAAUAACAUACUGGCUGAAGGAGAUUGAUUCUAUGAAGGACCUAUUCAUCAGAGUCAACGGAGAGGCACUGGAGGUCAGUCUUCUCUCUAAUUCCUUCGACAUCAUUGAGAGUACUCUAGCUUCGAUCCAAAAAUUCCAAACUUUGAAAAAAGAGAGGAUGCACAAGAGAGAUAGUGGCCCCAGAAAUAAGUUGAAUUUGGAGAAUACAUCCAAUAAUAUAUCUCCAUUUCUCUCACACAUUAGGACGAUUGAUUGCCAAUUCAAGUAUGUUGGUGGUGUGCUAAAGAUUUAUUCGCUCGAUGACCUAAAUAGGGCUGAAGGCCCAUCUCUUGAAAUCAAAUCACCAGGUGUCGUAAUCGCUUUGAAGUAUAAUCAUAAUGAGGCGGAAAGAAGGCCUCAUCGGAUCAGAUGUCUCGUUUCAAUUGAUCCCACGCACAACAUACUGUAUUCCCAAUGUGUUCCUAUUUUAAAUGAUAUUGUUGAAGCAAGUCAACGCAUGGUACAGAAGCACAGUCCUGAUGAAACUCCUCUGGAGUCAUCGCAAAGUAUCGACUACAAAAGCUUGUUGGAUUCUUUUGACAUAGCAUUCAAAGUCACUUCAGGAAGACAGCAAUUGAGUUUAAGCUGCGAACCUAGGGCAAAAGUUCAGGCGGAUGUUGGAUUUGAUUCAUUUACAUUUGGUGUGACGACCAACGAUCUGGUGGAUGGGAAUCCAACCGGAGUGUCUUUAUCUGUAGAAAAGAUACAGUCUUCCGUCCGCCAUAUUUUCUCGAGAGAAACGAGUGCUUCCUUCAGCGUUGAUUUUGUCGAUUUUACUUCAAUUUUUACUCAUCCUGACGUCUUUGGUGUCGCUUUGGUAUCUGAUAUUAAUGUCUUCUUCAAUAUGAAGCAACUGCAGAACUUGAACUUAUUCCUCGACAUUUGGCAGUUGAAUGGUAAGCUCAACAACAAGGGCCGGGCAAAGGACGACGAUCGAAAGAAGCAAACGAAAAGCAUGACUCUCUCCAAACGUACCAGCACUCCUACGUCCAUAUGUUGGUCUUUUACUCUAAUUUUUACCAAUGUAAAAGGUGAUGUUGACCUGGGCCCUUCUCUUGGAGUUCUGUCGCUCCGCUUGUCUCGAACCUGGUUCGCAACUGAUCACUACGGUGCCCAAAGGCGUGUAUUACAUGCCUUUGCUGAUGAAUUGUCAAUAAAAUCAGAAGGCAGAUUAAGUGGAGUUUUCGAUUUGAAGAAUGCGACAUGGAUUUCAGAGGUCAACUACCCAGCAGCUGGAUCGAUCAAAGGAUCCUCUGAAAUGUCUUUGUCGUUGAGUGUAGGCCGAGUGGCAAUAAAGACAGCUUUCGAUUAUCAUAUGUUUUUGAUUGGAACUAUCGAUGAGAUGAAGUUCCAUUUACGCAGUGAGUCAGAUCUGUAUGGUAUUUUGCCUGACUUGUUGGUGGUCGCUCUCUCCUGCAAAGAAAUGGAUUUCUGUGCAACGGCGCUGACGGCCGCCAACAUACUGGACAUUUAUAAUACGAUAACGCGUAUGAGACAAGACAAUCGUAUUUCCUACAUUGAAACCCUGAGAGAGUCAAAUUCCACCGAGGCAAGAGUGACGUUGCUUUACGACGACAUAUUGCAAUCACUGAAUUUGCUACGCACUGAUCUUUCAUUUGAUAUCACUACGUUCAAGGCCCAAAUUUCUCCGAUCUCGUUAUUUGAUGUCGAAGUCCUAGUGCUCAAUAUUGACAAUGUGUCGGCUCGUUCAGAAACUCAAUCGGGUGAGAAACUUAAGACGGAAUUGCAUUUACAGGUUUCCAAUGCAAAAGUAUCUCUUUCGACUUCAAAGGAAGAGCUUGAUGAAGAGCGUGUGGCCAAAAUAUCAAUUGAAGAUUAUAUGCUAUACGCUUCGAAAAUUAGUGGCGGUACGAUUGUAAAAGUUCCAAGACUACUGGUAAGCAUGACAACCUGGCAAAAACCAAAGAGCGACUUAAUAGAGUAUUUGUUUACAUGCCGGUUCUUCGAUAGGGUAGCUGUUAAGUGGAAUCUCGGUCCCAUCAACUUCAUUAAAGAAAUGUGGUCAACACAUAUUAAAUCUUUAGCAGUGCGUCAGACCCAGAGCAACAAAACUAUGUCUGAGAAAGACAAGCAGGCAGAUUUGGAUCCUGAAGAGGAGAUCAAAGCUAAGCUUCAGUACGUUCCACUGGAUGAACCCUACAUAGAAAUGCCUCAAAUUAAAGAUUUGGGUGAUGCCACACCGCCAAUGGAAUGGUUUGGAGUCCAUAGGAAGCGCCUUCCAGCAGCAACUCACCAACUAGCCAUAGUUUUGAUCCAGAAGCUAGUCCAUGCCGCAGAGAAGGAAUAUGCGAAGGUUCAAGGAAGAUUUCAAUAG